GGGGGCCUGAGUGGCGCAUCUGCGCAGGCGCCGGGCUCCUAAGUAUACCCAGGAACUGACCCUGAUCUCUCUUUUCGCGGUUAGACAUGGGCACUCCACAGAAGGAUGUUAUUAUCAAGUCAGAUGCACCAGACACCCUAUUAUUGGAGAAACAUGCAGAUUAUAUCGCAUCCUAUGGCUCAAAGAAAGAUGAUUAUGAAUACUGUAUGUCUGAGUAUUUAAGAAUGAGUGGCAUCUAUUGGGGUCUGACAGUAAUGGAUCUCAUGGGACAACUUCAUCGCAUGAAUAGAGAAGAGAUUCUGGCAUUUAUUAAGUCUUGCCAACAUGAAUGUGGUGGAAUAAGUGCUAGUAUCGGACAUGAUCCUCAUCUUUUAUACACUCUUAGUGCUGUCCAGAUUCUUACACUGUAUGACAGUAUUAAUGUUAUCGACGUAAAUAAAGUUGUGGAAUAUGUUAAAGGUCUACAGAAAGAAGAUGGUUCUUUUGCUGGAGAUAUUUGGGGAGAAAUUGAUACAAGAUUCUCUUUUUGUGCGGUGGCAACCUUGGCUUUGUUGGGGAAGCUUGAUGCUAUUAAUGUGGAAAAGGCAAUUGAAUUUGUUUUAUCCUGUAUGAACUUUGACGGUGGAUUUGGUUGCAGACCAGGUUCUGAAUCCCAUGCUGGGCAGAUCUAUUGUUGCACAGGAUUUCUGGCUAUUACAAGUCAGUUGCAUCAAGUAAAUUCUGAUUUACUUGGCUGGUGGCUUUGUGAACGACAGUUACCUUCAGGCGGGCUCAAUGGAAGGCCAGAGAAGUUACCAGAUGUAUGCUAUUCAUGGUGGGUCCUGGCUUCCCUAAAGAUAAUUGGAAGACUUCAUUGGAUUGAUAGAGAGAAACUGCGUAAUUUCAUUUUAGCAUGUCAAGAUGAAGAAACGGGGGGAUUUGCAGACAGGCCAGGAGAUAUGGUGGAUCCUUUUCAUACCUUAUUUGGAAUUGCUGGAUUGUCACUUUUGGGAGAAGAACAGAUUAAACCUGUUAAUCCUGUCUUUUGCAUGCCUGAAGAAGUGCUUCAGAGAGUGAAUGUUCAGCCUGAGCUAGUGAGCUAGAUUCAUUAAAGUGAAAGCUGCAUAGUAUAGUUUUGCCAUUUUAACAUUUCUGUAUUUGAAGUGCUUAUUAAAUCUAAAAAUGACUACUGUUAAUAUUUUGUACAUUGUGUUAAAUUAAUUUUAAUAAAUUAUAUAAUUAUACAUAUUGUAAAAUAAAGACCUGUAUUUUAUUUUCUGCUUUUUAUUCUGAAGUCCUGUUAUUCUGACUACAGUUUUUUGUAUAUACUUUUGUGUCUGUUAUUUAUGUUCAGUAACUGAGCUAACGUAGAAGAACUCUAGAUUUCUACUUGAUUUUUCCCCCAUGUAUACCUUCCAUGUGUUCAAUAGCAAGUUGAUGUAAAAUGAUUUGUCAACAAGAAUGUUAACUGAUGAAAGUGGAUAGAACCCAUACAUGAAUUAAAUGAUGCACAAAAUAAAUGGCUGUUGAAAUUUGGAAA